AUGGUUCACCAAAAUAUUUUAGUUGAAAAAGUUCUUCUUGAUAAUCAGUUUAACCCAUUGAUCAUGGAUGCUGGGUUCCCCAAGCUUCUAGCAGACGACAUUGUUUACUCGGCACCGAAGGUUGGUGUUGCCAUGGGAUACCUAGCUCUUGAAUACAUUACCACUGGACGCAUCACCAAGAAGAGCGACGUUUAUGCAUUCGGUGUCAUUGUUCUUCAAGUCCUGUCUGAAAAGACAAUAGUAGGGGAUUCAAUCAGAAUGGCAGUUGAGUUUUUGAGAUUUGAUGAUUUUGUGGACACAAAUCUAAAGGGAAAAUAUUCGAAACCAGAAGCAGCAAUUCUUUCAAAGAUUGCAGUGAUGUGCAUUCAUGAGCUUUCUGAGCAAAGGCCAAACAUGGUAGAGGUGAUUUAG